AUUUUUCGUCUGUAAGUGGCUUUGUGAUGACAGUUUUUACUUUUAGAAUUUUGAAAAUGAUGUUUUAAUACUCUUUUCCUUCAAUCUAGGUUUUAUCAUUUUUAUUAAAUAAUUUUACUGCUGAUUCAUAAUUUUAUCUUCAGGUUACAUUAUCCUGUUGUGACUGUUGACACCUAGAGUAGACGCAGUAUUACGCUCAUCAGUGAUAUCCACGCAUGUUUCAGUGUAGCGUGCGAAGUACUGUUUUCGCAAUGAACUUUCCUGCCUUUUCAGUUUUCAGCUGAAAGCAUACUUAAGGGCAGAGGGUAUUAAAUUUAAUUUGAACCUUUAUAGUUUGUUGUCUUUCGGAUGAUUGCUUAGUUGCUUAUUCAGUUACCAUGUCUAAAAAUAUUUCCACGGAUAGUCCUCGUAAAAAGCGCCGUCUGACUCCACUACCAGGUGCACAUGCGGUUCUGUUAGACGAUCGUGAAGAACUGAUUGACGAUCCAACGAAGAAGAUCGAAGGGUUAGAUAAUGAAACCACAUCCGUUCUGUUCACGUCUUCCGGGUCUUUGGCCUCCACCUCCGCUAACUCUUUGGAUUCAACGUUUCUGGAUGGAAAUUUGGAAGGCAAGGAAAGGGACUCUCUCCGACGUGUGCUGGGCGAGAUUUGUGCAGAAACCAGCCCGUGUGAUGAAGAGGAUCUCACUUGUCCGGUUUGCCGAGAAAUUUUCACGAUGCCAUACCUCGCUCGCUGUGGACACACCUUCUGUUAUGAUUGCCUUGCCAAGGUGUGCCAUAUCAGCAAGAAGUGCCCCCUUUGUGCUUCCGAAAUGGCAGACAUUAACCAGGCUUACAGUAAUCGUCAUGUGGAUUCUUUGGUGACUCGCUGGACACGGUGGAAAAUGUUGAUUGAAAAGAAGACUGGCAUGACUAUUCCGUCGGUUAGUCCUUCGAGGAAGCGACCGCGAUCGAUUACUGAAUUUGUGGGUGAAGGCCACGGAUCUCCGAUUGUGGUGGUUGAUCGGCAGGCCACAGUGGAGCAAAUUGAUUGUGUGAUACAGUCCCUGAACCGCCGCAAAAAUGAUCUGAUAACGAGCAGUACCAUUUUUCGUAAAUUGCUUCUCAAGGAUACUUUGGAGAAACUGCAUGCGAUGAAAGCCGCUGAAUUGACUGAAGUUCAGAAGCAGUUAUCAAUGAUUGAAUGUGAUCAAAAGGCGGUUGGCGAGGAACUGACGAUGAUCGGUGACCAACAGUUGCAGUCGGUUUCUUUAAUUUCUGAGACUCCAAAUCCUCAUACUCCUAAUCCACAAACGGUUCCUGAUGAGGUUUUCCCUUCUGCACAACUGAUCGACUUGGGAACUCCCACCCAGCAUUCGCCAGUUCCAUUGAGUCCGCUUUUCUCCAAGGCUGCUUCGAGUUCGGCACUGAAAGAACGCAAGACAAAAGUGGACAUUCACCUUCCCGCUCUCUGUGAUACGUAUGUGGAAACUCGGGAAAAGAAUGGCUUGGACUCGUAUGAGAAGAAUCUUCAUGAAUUUACAAACGCUAACUCGAUUCGCUGCCUGGCUGCAUUUGCUUUUGCGGACGCUGUAGGCACAUCGACGAUUGUCUCGAGUGUUGAGUUUGACAAGGACUAUGAUCUGUUCGCGGUGGCUGGAGUUAGUAAACGGAUCAAGAUAUACGAUUACAACUCUGUAGUGGCGGAUGGAAUGCACCUUCACUUUCCCCUGACAGAAAUGAACUCGUCGGCAAAGAUAAGCUCUGUCGUGUGGAAUGAUUUCAUGCGCAACCACAUUGCUUGUGCGGACUACGAUGGCGGUGUUACCGUCUGGGACGCACUUUCUGGGAAAAAAUGCAACACAUUUCAGGAACAUCAGAAGCGCGCUUGGUCGGUCGAUUUCAAUCACCAAGAUCCGAAAGUGUUGGCGUCGGGUUCAGACGACAUGAAGGUGUUUGUGUGGUCAACGGACAGCCAACAUUCUAUCAAUAGCCUGGACGCUAAAGCCAACGUUUGCUGUGUUCAGUUCAGCCCGUUGAAUCGCAACAUUUUGGCGUAUGGGUCUGCAGACCAUUCGAUCCAUGUAUAUGAUUUGCGGAACACACGCUAUGCCUACGCUGUUCUCAAGAGCCACAAGAAAGCCGUUGCUUACGUGAAAUUUAUGGCCGAGUGGGAAUUGGUUUCUGCAUCUACCGAUAGCACGCUGCGCCUGUGGGAUUUGAAGGCUGCUGGAGGACCUGCUACGUUGAAAACUUUUACGGGUCAUCAUAAUGAAAAGAAUUUUGUUGGUCUUGACUGUUCCGGAAAUUACAUUGCUACAGGAAGCGAAAAUAACUCUCUUUGCAUUUACCAUCGUGCGAUGCCAAAACCUGCUGUUCAGUAUAAAUUUGAACCACCACGUGAAUCUCUCGCUCGAACACUGAUGAAAACGGAUGGAGGGGAAUUUUUGAGUGCUGUUGCAUGGAAGAAGGACUCCAAUAUUUUGGUCGCUGCGAACAGCCAAGGUUUGAUCGAAGUUUUGGAGAUGUCGUAGAGCGGUCAUUUCUUUAAAAGUGCCCCGUUAAUUGCGGUGAUAGUUUGUAUACCAUGCUCUAUAGUUGCAGUGGUUUUAGCUUCUUAAUUGUGCUUUAUGGAUUACUUCUUCUUAUUCACCCGAAGAUAUGUGAUUUUUUAAUGCGUUGGUAAUUUAAUGUCGUUUUAAUUGUUUUUAUCAGGCGUUUGUGUAGAUUAUGUAGAUUCUGUAAUUUGCGGGACUAUUACCCGUACUAACUAUCGGGUUCGUGUAUGCGCCUUAUUGCACGUGGAAGAUUUUGAAUUAGCA